AUGGCGAUUUUCAAGAAGCAUUCGCUCAAGACUGGGAACACCACUCGUACCCAGGCGUCCCAAUUGACAUUGCGCCAGUCGAUCUAUCCGCUCUUCCUGGUCACGAUCCUCUUCUUCCUAUGGGGAUUCUCGUAUGGCCUCCUUGAUACGCUGAACAAGCACUUUCAAAACACCUUGGGCAUCACAAGAGCUCGGUCGUCUGGUCUACAAGCAGCGUACUUCGGUGCCUAUCCACUUGCCAGUCUUGGACACGCAAACUGGCUGCUGCGACACUACGGCUUCAAGAUCGUCUUCAUCUGGGGCCUCUGCCUCUACGGCGUUGGAGCCCUGGUAGCAUGGCCCUGCCUUGUAUAUCGAUCGUUCGGGGGAUUCUGCGCAGCCAUCUUCAUCAUCGGUAAUGGACUUGGAUCCCUGGAAACCGCGGCGAAUCCAUACAUCACCAUCUGCGGUCCUCCCCGAUACUCUGAGAUCCGUAUCAACUUCUCGCAGGCUUUCAACGGUAUUGGCACCGUCAUUGCACCAGUGCUUGGGUCUUACGUCUUCUUUAAGAACACUGGUGAGGGAGCCGAUGCAUUGAAAAAUGUACAAUGGGUCUAUCUAGCGAUUGCGUGCUUUGUAUUUUUGUUAGCCGCAGUAUUCUAUGUCUCGCCGAUCCCUGAGAUCACUGACGCCGAUAUGGAGUUCCAAGCCGACGAGGCGAACGCCAACGUCGCCCAGGGCCCUUUCUGGAAGCAGUAUAGGCUGUUCCAUGCUGCCUUUGCUCAGUUCUGCUACACCGGUGCUCAGGUUGCCAUUGCAAGUUACUUCAUCAACUACUGCACUGACGAGGCUGGGAAGACAUCAGCAGCUGGAGCUCAAUUGCUUGCUGGGGCCCAAGGAGCUUUUGCCCUCGGUCGUUUCGUUGGUGUGGCGAUCAUGAGAUAUGUCAGACCUCGAUGGGUCUUCUUAUGCUACCUGACCUUGUGCAUCGUCUUCAUAUCCCCGUCCAUCGCCCAGAGAGGCAAUACCGGUAUCAGUAUGCUUUACUUGACGCUCUUCUUUGAAUCCAUAUGCUUUCCAACAAUCAUGGCGUUAUCUAUGCGAGGCCUUGGAAAGUACAGUAAACGAGGCUCUGGAUUUGUAGUCGGAGGAGUAUCAGGCGGAGCCGUGGUGCCACCGGCAUUAGGAGCAGCAGCCGAUGCCUCCAACACAGCAGUAGCAAUGGCAGUCCCACUGGGCUUCUUCGUCUUGGCCUGGUCGUACUCUCUGGCGGUCAACUUUGUCCCAGCAUAUCGAAUCCCGGUGGAUCGUCAGUACGAGAGCAAGCUGGCCGUGGAGACUACUCCGAAGGACGAGGAGAGUGGCAGUGGUGGGGAGAAUGAGAUCCAUGAGAUGGGAGAGCCGGAGAAGGGAGGUGUCACGCAUACUGAGAGUAAUGGGGAGGAGAUUAGUGAGGUUCGGAAGGUUGACUGA